UUUUCGAUGAGGCACUAGUUCUUUUUUCUUUUAUUCAGUCACUCCUUACAGCCAUUACUAACAGGUUGUGUUAUAAACCUCCACUCUGCACCGAGGCAACAGCAAUACAGGAAGUGUAAGGAUGGCAGAAGAAAUCAGUUAUGCUACUGUGGUUUUCAAAAAUGGUGUUCAACCUCCAAAAGCAGAGAAAAAGGAGGAUGACACAGUUUAUUCUACAGUACAAGUUGCUACACUAGCAAGCAAGACACCAAAUGUUGAAGCAGCUGCAGCGUCUCGAUACUUUUCUCUGCUGCUGGUGUCUUUGGUGAUACUUUGCGUCCUCCUUGUGACGUGCAUCGCUGCCAUUAUCUCCAUCUCUAUGCUAAUGGUCAACGGUGUAGAAACCUUCUCAGCGACCAUCAGCAACCUGACAUUGGUAAAACAGCAGCUGAUGAUGGAGAGAAACAUCUUAGAGAAUCAGACUGAGAAGCUGCUCAGAGACAGAGACAAUCUCAACUGGACACUCGGAAUCAUCCUGAAACAUGACACAUUCCCAGUCAAUGAGUUCUGCCCUGACAAACAGUGUCGGCCAUGUCAGGAUCAAUGGAUCCAUUUCCAGGAAAAGUGCUACUGGUUUGAUGAAAGAGCCCCUAGAUGGAAGACAUGGAAUCAAAGCCAGACGUUUUGCAAGGACAGAUGUGCAGAUCUGGUUGUUAUCGACAGUCAACAAGAACAGGAAUUCAUUGGUUUGCACACUAAAGAGUACUACAGCAAAAAUCAUGGAUACUGGAUGGGAUUACGGAAAAAUGCUGAAGGAAAGUGGCUCUGGGUUGAUGGACGCAAUGUCACUUUAGGGUACUGGAGUGAGGACUCAGGGACUGACAGCAGUGAGCCUUGUGUCUCGUUUAUCCCCACGGCAAAUAUCACGGCCAACUGGAGAACAAGACAAUGUUUGAUGGAAAACAAAUUCAUCUGUGAGACUGAUGUCCUGACCCGGACCUCAGUUCAUUAGCACCGUCAGUUUCCUCCCUGAAUUCUUGCUCUUCUUUUUCUCUGCAAAACCAUAUCGACAGCUUUUGAACAGGAGACAAUUCAAACACACAGAAAAUGAAUGAAAGGAUGUUUCAGUAUGUAAGUGAGCAUCAUUUUGGAAAUGUAUUGUGUUCCAUUAGCUACACUGUGUCAGUUGCAUUUUGAAUAUUAACAAACCUGUCGUAAGCUGUUGGAACAAAGUGUUGAGGCAUCACCUCGUGUCCCUUCUUUCACAAACUUCAUGAUUUCUUCAUCUUCAUGACAUUUCUGAGUGAACACAGAGUGAGUCAAGAAAAACAAUGUUGAAAAAUCAGCUGCAGUAAAUGUGUAGAUGCAGUAAUAGAAGAAUCCUCUGCACACUGAAGGCAACAUUAUUAUAUGUAUGAAUAUAUCACACGGAUAUUAUUGUACAGAGAAGAAUUAGUGGCAUUUUAAAUGUAGUUUUCAUGCGUUUCAGACAUAAACUUGUGGUUUGGACCAAAUCUUCUCAGCAGAUCUGAGUAAGAGGUGGAUACAGAAUGUUGUUGUUAAACAAGAACAUUGUGCAGAAUUCUUAGUGUUGUAUGUUUGUAGUUAGUGGCUGAGGUUGCAGAUGAAAACAGGGACUACGAAUAUUCAUGAGACCUCAUUCCAGAGAAUGUUUUUAGGAAA